AUGAAUGAUCCACGAGUGAAGCACACAGCGACCUUAUUAAUAAAUGGAACAGUGUUACUUGCUGGUGGAGGAGAAUACUUUGAUGUUCUAAGUAGUGCUGAAUUGUAUAAUCCAUCCACAGGAACUUGGACAACUACCGGCUGCAUGAAUAGCAAACGAGCGCAGCAUACAGAGGUCUUAUUAACAAAUGGUAAAGUGUUAGUUACUGGUGGACAAAUUGAUUAUGAUUUUCUAAGUAGUGCCGAAUUAUAUGAUCCAUUAACAGGAACUUGGGCAACUACUGGCAGCAUGAAUAGCCAACGAGUGCACCAUACAGCAACCGUAUUAACAAAUGGAAAAGUGUUAGUGACUGGUGGAAAUAAUCCUGAUACUUUAGAUAGUGCCGAAUUGUAUGAUCCAUCAACAGGAACUUGGACAGCUACUGGUAGCAUGAACUAUCAACGAGCUUGGCACACAGCAGUCUUAAUAAUAAAUGGAAUAGUAUUGGUUACUGGUGGAGGAAAAAAUUAUGACGUUUUAAGUAGUGUCGAAUUGUAUAAUUCAUCCACAGGAACUUGGACAACUACCGACAGCAUGAAUAGUCAACGAGUGGAGCACACAGCAUCCGUAUUAACAAAUGGUAAAGUGUUAGUUACUGGAGGACAGAAUGAUAGUUACCAAAAUGUAAAUAGUGCCGAAUUAUAUGAUCCAUUAACAGGAACUUGGGCAACUACCGGCAGCAUGAAUAGCCAACGAAUGCAGCAUACAGCAACCGUAUUAACAAAUGGAAAAGUGUUAGUGACUGGUGGAAACAGUCCUGAUACUCUAAGUAGUGCCGAGUUGUAUGAUCCAUCAACAGGAACUUGGACAACUACUGGUAGCAUGAAUAAACAACGAGAUGAGCACAGAGCAAUCUUAUUAACAGAUGGAAAAGUGUUAGUUACUGGUGGAGGAAAUUUUGAUAGUCUAAGUAGUGCCGAGUUGUAUGAUCCAUCAACAGAAACUUGGACAACUACUGGUAUCAUGAAUAGUCGAGAAGCGAAGCAUACAGCAUCCAUAUUAACAAAUAGAAAAGCGUUAGGUAUUGGUAGAUGGGCAAAUAUCAGUGUGGUUUGA